AUGGACUUCAACGAGUCCAGACUCGCUAAGAAGCGUGAGACACGAACCCGAGCUCCGACAGCCUGUCAGACCUGUCGGUUGCGAAAGACUCGAUGUGACAAUGCCAGGCCAACCUGUAGCUACUGUGCCUUGCAGGGGGUCGAGUGCAACUAUCCCGAAACCUCACCACAGCAGAACCAAGCGGGCUUUGAUCCCGCGCAUCCAUCCAGCCAUGAACUUCUUCAGCGACUGAACCAUAUCACCGGUCUGUUGGAGGAGAUCAAGUCCGAAGGCUCCACCAACUCCUCAGCUCGCUCGCUCAGAGAGUCCUUUUUCGAGUUGAACACACAUAAUAAUACUAGCCCCAUGGCUGAUUCCUUGUCGAGCAGCCAUACGCAUGGCAGCAGCACCGCUAGUUUCGAUGACCGGGGAGGACCCGAGCAUGAUCCCCGGAUUUUAUACAUGGGUAGUUCGGGGGAAUCUAUGCUCCGAUGGCCUAUCUUCAAUAGGGUUAUCACCGAAGCUGAAAAACAUAUUCGAUCGUUCCUGCUUGAUUCGCUGGACAAUCAACUCCCCAGUUUACCAACACCCCGGCCGGUGGGGAUCGGAGGUUUUGUCGAUGAGAUCCCUAGACUGUGUAAGAAGUACUUUUUGCUAUGUCACCGGAGAAACCCGAUCGUCGAUCUCGAGAAUCUAGACCGCUAUGCCAAAGAGGUCACUGUGCAGGGUCUUGGAUGGGACGGCCCGUCGUGUCAAGUGGUAGGUCAAGCCUGGGAAUUUGGCUUAAAACAAGUCUCACCCUUACUGAAUCCCGGUCUUGCUUAG